AUGGGAGCAGAAGUGCGGCGAUGUAAGGCGGGGUUAGUCGAAGGAUGGAGAAGAACGGCCGGGGCUCGGGGAAGUUGGACAAAGAGCGUUGAAAUACGUCUAAGCGCGAGAGGGUUGGGUGAAGAUCUAGGAGGAAAGCGUCAAGUUAUCCGAGGUUUGUCGACCGUCGGUCUGAUAGAGAGUAGAUGUUUGACGGCCGUGACACCUUCAAACCAGCCUAAAACUCGUCGUGGUAUGCCAAUGAAGUUUGGAGAUACGGUUGCUGAAUUUGACGCACAAUAUACGUGGGACGUAAUUGUCGGCUUAUCCCUGCGAAAGUGGCCAGAUUCCAACGUAGAUUCGGUCAUUAGAAUCCCAGAUGACAAGAAGAGUCCGAAGGUAGCUAUCCUGCCCAAUGAAUCGUCGAAACUAAAAAACCAUCGAGAGGCGUUUAAUCACGCCGUUAGCCCUAAUGUCUGGCGACGAACUGGUUCUUUGUCCUGCUCUCAGUGUCAAGGCCGUCAAAAUCGCUCAAAUUCGUGUGCUUUUGGAUGUUUGACCGUAGGUGAGAUACCUACUGGUGCGUGCUACGAGCGAGCGUUCCUUGGUUCUCUUUGUGAAGAGCUGGGUUCAAUUAAAGCGGUUGAAAAUCAGGCUAAGCUAGCUGCACAAGGUGGAUACAUUCUCGAACCUAAUGGUAUUGCUGGACAAUUAGCGAUCAUUAGAACACGAAUCUCGGAUCUAAUUGCAACACAAGCCCAAGAACUCGCUCCCGAUGACGCCUCUGUGUUAGAAACUCCUGGAAAACAAAUGAGGAAGUCAACUCGGGCUGGAGCUAGCCCCUUCUAG